CUGCCUCGCUGCUGAGCCCAGGGCACCUUUCCAAGCACCUGUCUUAUUUUGUGGGAGGCAGCGAUGAGUCUACUCUCCACCGCUCCCCUCGGGGCGUUCCAGAGCAGAAGCCUCCUGGCAGCUCAACCAGGAACCGGUGGAGGAGGCAAGGGAGAAAUGUAAAGUUGCCAUUUAUAUAGCUGUGGAAGGCUUUAUCAGCUCUUGUGGAGACUUUCCCCUGCACACACCACUCAAGGCUGGAGCUGUAGUGGAAAAAAAUGGAGCCUGUAGAUCUCCUGGCAUUUGCCUCUGUAGAAAUGAAUAGUACCACAGUCACCCUGGCUUUACUGGUGAUCUUCAUGGUCCUGCUCUAUUGGUACUCCAUGUCUGCAUUCUCCAGACUAAGCAAUGUAGGGAUCCAACAUCCUCCACCUCUUCCUUUCAUUGGAAACCUGCUCUUUUUCCGCGAGGGUUUUUGGGAAAACCAUACAAAACUGAUAACGGAGUAUGGACCUGUUUGUGGAUAUUACAUUGGUCGCCAGAUGUUUGUGGUGGUCUCCACACCAGAGAUGAUCAAGCAAAUUUUAGUGACAGACUUCAGUAAUUUCACCAACAGAACUAAGCCAAGCUUGAUUUCCAAGCCAAUGCUCGACAGCAUCCUUUGUCUUCGUGAUGACAGAUGGAAGUAUGUCCGGAGUGUCCUGACCCCAGCCUUCAGUGACAGCAAACUGAAAGAGAUGACACCACUAAUAAACCAGGCUUGUGACGUCCUGCUGUGUAACUUGAAAGUCUACGCAGAUUCUGGUAAAGCUUUUGAUAUCCAGAGGUGUUACAACUGCUUUACCUUGGAUGUCGUUGGUAGUGUAGCUUUUGGUACUGAGGUGGAUUCUCAGAAGAAUCCUGAUGACCCCUUUGUUAAGAAUUGCAGAACAUUCUUUGAAAUGUCUUUGUUUAAGCCUCUCCUCAUUCUCAUCCUUUCUUUCCCAUUCAUAAUGAUCCCAUUGCUCCGGCUUUUGCCAAACAAGAAACAAAAAGAGCUGAAUGGAUUUUUCAUCCGAACCAUAAAAAAUGCAAUUGUCAUCAGGCAGCAGCAAGAUGCAUCUGAGAGGCGCAAGGAUUUUCUUCAGUGGAUGCUGGACUCCCGCCACUCAUCUGACUCCCUGGCAGCCGCGUGUUUGGAUGCGAUCAAUUCAUCGGCUGCUCCCAGGCAGAACAAGGCACCUCUUGCUGGCAGGCUCCCAUCUGGAAAGGUUCAGCAGAUGUUAACAGAGGAUGAGAUAGCAGGCCAGGCUUUCUUGUUCCUGAUUGCUGGUUAUGAGACCACCACUAGUACACUGUCCUUUGCCACCUACUUGCUUGCCACCAAUCCAGAGUGCCAGGAGAAGGUACUUCAGGAGGUUGAUGAGUUCUCAGCAAAACACAUGGUUCCUGAUUACCAAAACAUACAAGAACUCCCUUACCUGGAUAUGGUGAUUGCAGAGACAUUACGCAUGUACCCACCUGCAUUCAGGUUCACUCGGGAAGCAGCUAAAGACUGUGUUGUGCUGGGGCAGCGUAUUCCAGCUGGGGCUGUUGUUGAAGUUGCAGUUGGACAUCUCCAUCAAAACCCUGAGUUCUGGCCAGAGCCUGAGAAGUUCAUUCCUGAGAGGUUUACAGAGGAAGCCAGGAAGGAACAACAUCCCUUUGCAUACCUGCCCUUUGGGGCAGGGCCCCGUGGCUGCAUUGGCAUGAAAAUGGGUUUGCUGGAGACAAAAAUUACUCUACUGAGGGUUCUGCAGAAGUUUCAAUUUAAGACCUGUCCAGAGACUGAGAUUCCUUUGCAGCUGAAAUCAAAAGCCACACUUGGACCAAAAAAUGGAGUCUAUAUUAUGCUAGAAUCUCGCUAAGAGAAAAUGUACAUCCUGACACCUCCUGGGAUGGGGCCCUUUGUUGAGUGAUUCACUGGGUGUAAUUAUGUUUCAAAACCUCAAAGAGAAGUAGGAGCCUAAAUCUCAAUGAUGGUACCUCACUGUCCUCCUGUAGGAGAACCUCUAACCACUUUCUCAAAGGAGAUGUAGGCUCAACAAUAUUUUGGGGGGUUUCCAAAUUGCUGUGAAUGGUAUCUGUAAAGAAGCAUCC